AUGCCGACGAUACAAGGCUUCAAUACGCUACGCGCGCGCUCGUACGUGUUCCGGCUGCCGCUGUUUACGCGCGCAAUGAUAGUCAUUAUGGUGGCGUUCUGGCUCGCUGGUCUACAAUCUGCGUGGGAUGUGCGGCAAUGGGGCGCUCUGAUCCCGGAUGAGUUGGGCAUCACGACUAUGUACCGGGUGAACACGUUCCCUCUGAUCCACAUCAACUUCUUUCACGCCUUUUUCAACAUCCUCUCCUUGACGCCGCUGCUAGAGAGAUUCGAGACCGAGUUCGGGACAUUGACUUCGCUUGCGCUGUUCUUUGGUCCUUUGACGACAAUACCGGCCUUCGUAUACAUCUUCAUAGAAAAGUUCCUGCUAAGGGGCAACACGGCUGUCAUGGGUGCUAGUAUUUGGGUGUUCCUUCUGUUGGGUAUAGAGGCUAUUCGAACAUAUCGAACCAACCCCUACCUUGUAAUUGGAACUCAUCAUGUUCCGACUUGGACGACACCCCUAUUGUUGGUAUUGGUCGUUGAGGCUCUUAUCCCUAAUACCAGUUUCGUUGGUCAUCUAUGCGGUGUAGGCACGGGUUACCUAUGUAAUCUAGUUGGCUUGGGCUAUCUUAAAUUCCUAUCACCACCUGAAAAGGUGCUCCGGUGGAUCGAAAGCCGACUCAAUCUAUUGGGACGAUUACCUCACUACGUCAGCGUAGACCAGAAGACAUACGGACGUUUCGGAGUAUUGCCGACGAGUAACUCGACCAGUUCAACGACACCAUUAGGCCUGAUAGGUUCUACGCAGAGAAUCCCAAAAAAUGUAGCUGCGGCGUUGGUCCUCCGCCGCGAUCCACGACUCCUCAAGCUCCCUCCAUACAUCUCGCUCCUAUGCAUUAUCGUUGGUGUCGUAUGGCUCCUAGUCCUCCCACUCGACCAGUACUCGCGCCGCACAUACAUCAGUGAAAACGCCCUACUACCCGGACAGGUUCACACCUACUUCGGCGGAAGCGAUCAGAACGUAUUCCGUGCCUACAGACACGAAGUCGAUGCGCUGUACACGGCAAACAAAACCAAUGUCGAAGUCAACGACGAGCUCGAGCGGAUAUUCAAGGGCGUCGGGCUUAAGGUCGGCAGGCAAAAUUAUACCUACAGCUCCGGAGGGAACACGUACGGCGGCGAGAACGUGUAUGCGAUCCUCCAGGCCCCGAGGGGCGAUGCGACAGAGGCUAUCGUGCUGGUUGCGGCCUGGAAAAAUGUGAUGGAGGAAUUUAAUCGCAACGGCCUGGCGCUUGCCCUUGCCCUGACAAGAUACUUCAGACGCUGGUCCUUAUGGUCGAAGGACAUUAUUCUUGUUGUGCCGCCGGAUAGCAGAGCCGGACCCCAGGCUUGGGUCGAUGCGUACCACGACGCCCAUGACCCGGCCAGUGUUGCCUCACUGCCCAUCAAGUCCGGUGCUCUGCAGGGCGCCAUCGCGCUCGAUUAUGCACAGGAGAACCGCUUCGAGUCAGUGCAUAUCGUGUAUGAUGGCGUCAACGGACAGUUGCCGAACCUGGAUCUUAUCAAUUCAGUUGUUAAUAUCGCGAGCGGUCAGAUGGGUAUGGAGUCCACGUUGCAAGGCAUGUGGAAGCACAACCAGAAAUACGACGAUAACCUGAAGACGGUGCUAAGAGGGAUGCUGAGGCAGGCGUUGGGACACGCGUCCGGUCCGCAUAGCUCGUUCAUCCCGUACCAUGUCGAUGCCAUAACGCUACAGCCGGUGGGUAACGGGUGGCAUGAUGAGAUGGGACUAGGACGGCUAGUCGAGGGCAUGUUUCGCAGUCUGAAUAAUCUGCUCGAGAAGCUGCACCAGAGUUUCUUUUUCUAUCUGUUGAUUCAUAAGCACCGGUUCGUCAGCAUCGGCACAUAUCUUCCUAGUGCUAUGCUGGUCGCGGUGAAUUUUACGAUUAUGGCUAUUGCGCUGUGGGUUAAGAGUGGGUAUAAGGAGGUUGAGAAGACGAAGGAGGAAACUAAUGGGAAGGUGAAGGAUGGUGAGGAGGUGAAGGGAAAGAAGGGAGCAGCGCGAGCCUCUACGACGGUCGAGAGAGAAGCUAUCGAACGAGAGACUUUGCUCCCACUUACUCUUGUUGCUGGCUGUCAAUUCAUUGGGGUCAUUCCGCUCUUUAUUUUUAACCAGACGCCAUCUAACCUCCUCACACCAAUCUUCGCCCUAUUUGCCGUCUUCAACACUGCCUUCCCACACCUCGCCUCCUACUUCCUCACAAACAGCAUCCGCAAACCACCUACGGCACAGCAAUACCAGCUCAUCAAAUCCUUCUCACUACUCCUCCUCGGCAUGUUCCUCUCCUCCCUCGCCACGCUCAACUUCGCCCUCGCCUUCCUCGUCGGGCUGCUGUCCAGCCCGCUGUCGUUCACGCGUCCCUGGCCCGGCAACCAGGUGACACGGUACGCGCAGGUGCUCCUGUUGCACGCGCUGAGCCCGCCGACGGUGUUGCUGGUCGGCAGCGCGGUCGCGGGCGUCGGCGUCAGCACCGUGCUCGAGGAGGCGGCGUUCGGGUGGCAUGUUUGGGGCUUGUAUACCCCGCUCGUCGUCUGGUGCGUCUGGUGGCCCGCAUGGAUUGUCGGGUGCCUUGUUGUGCUGGGACAGCCGCUAGAGGGGGCAGAUGCGGAAGCGGGAGGGAAGGAAAAACGGUCGUAA